UUCUGUCUUUUCUUAUUUCUUGGAAAAAUCCUUUGUGACAGUAGAUAUUUGUAGAAUCCCAAACUGGUCUGGAUUGGGAGGGACCUUAAACCCCAUCCCAUUCCACCCCCUGCCAUGGUAGGGACACUUUCCAUAGACCAGAUUGCUCCAAGAAUCCUUUUUUGGGAAGUUUGUGGCUUUUUAGCAGUUCCAGGGUGGUACUGAAGCCCUCCUUGGAUGUUGGGUUGGUUGGACUGAGCUAAGUCUCUUGUCUUGCAGGUUUUAGAGCAAUUUAUACUGUUUUUUUUGGAAAACAUUUGCUGGUAAUAUUUCAUUUUAACUGCUUUCAGUACCAGGUGAUGGUAUUUGGUUGUUAGGUUAAAUUUCUUUUAGAAACUGCCUGAGUCAUGAAAAUUUAAGAUCCUGUAGGUGUUCAUUCAAAAGAUUUAAAAAUAAGAUACCAUAGGCAAGUAUUUUAGGUUUAUUAUUGUUAACUGCUUUUGGGGUGUAUUUUCUCACUGUAGACAUGUUUAACUUCUUUUUUCUUUCCAUAUUUGCAGCUGUGAUUGGUCCACCAGGACUGGAAUUGCAAUCCACAAAUGGAAUUGUAAAAGUUAAGGUUUUUCCUCCAGAAGCAAAUCAGAGGAAAAAAAUGUGGAUCAAUGAUCUGAGUUUUAAAUAUAACCUGGUCUUCUGGGAAAACUCAUCACAUGCUCAGCUCCAGAAUAAAAUCGUUUUCCCUGUGGACACCAUUGAUGACCUGGCCCCAAACAGCACCUAUUGCUUCAAAGUUCAAGCCAAUCUCCCCAUGGAAGGAAAGAAAGGCUUGUUCAGCCCCAUCAGCUGUGUGCAAACCACCCAGAAAGUGCAAGAUCUCCUUUGUGCAACCAACCUGAGUGUGGUGGCUUUGAACAUGAAAUUCCAGCUGCUCUGGGGUGCCCAGGGGGAGCAGGAGGAGGUGACCUACAACGUGCAGUACCUGCUGGGGUACCUGAAGAAGCUCAAUGAUGAUUACUCAGACAAGUGGCUCAGUGUCCCCACGUGUGAGAACAUCAGCAGCACUUGGUGCAAUUUCUCCUCCAUCAUCACCACCACUGCCUUUUAUUAUCUGAGAGUGCAGGCCAGGCAGGGACACAACAGAUCCUGCCUGUCCAGGGAAGUCAAAGUGGAUCCUCUGAAAACAAAUGGGAUUGGCCCUCCUGGUGUGAGGCUGGACCUCAGUGACACUUUGCUCCACAUCCUCAUUUCUCCUCCAGGAGGAGCUGAGGAUGAACUCAUGAGGGACAACUAUGAUUUGUCCUACAGGAUCCUGUACUGGAAGAAUUCUUCACAUAAGGAGGAGGAGGUGAAGCAGAAGGAGGUGAAGCAGACCAUAGCCACGGUGUCAGGGGUGUCCCCCUCCAGCCUGUACUGUGUCAGGGUGCAGGCCUUCUCCAAGCCCUACAACAAAAGCAGUGCCUUCAGCCAGCAGGAAUGUGUGCACACCCCUGCAGAUGAAUCUUCGUCCCUGUUCAUUUUUGGCAUUUUCAUGGCUGCCCUGCUGGUUGUCGUGGUGGUUGCUGUUGCUCUUGUUUUUGUGCUCUACCAUGCCUACAACAAAAUCAAAUAUGUGUUCUUCCCUUCCUGCCAGCCCCCCCUGAACAUCGAGGGGUUUGGAGCAGAGCUCUUCAGCAGCCUUUACCUGUCAGCUGCAGAGGAACCUGUGGAAAGCUGCUGUGUGAUUGAAUCCAUGAUCACAGAAGAGGGAAAUCAAAUUGAUUUUACAGACUACAAACAUUCCAAACAGAGCAGUCGAGACUCAGGGAAUUAUUCCAACGAUGACAACACUUCUGGGAGCAAAGGAUCCAAAGAAACACUGGAAAAGGAAACCGUGUGACUUUGGGACACCAAAAUCCAUUUGUGGGAUUGUCAAUUCACAAACUCUUCAGACCUGUCUGUGAUGGAAAUCCCAGCCUGAGUGGGACUCUGAAUU